AUGUCUGGUAGAGGAGCAGGAGGUCCAGGUCGGUCUAAGAGGGGUGGAGGAGGAGGCGGCAGCAGCAGCGGAGGCCGCGGCAGCCGAGGAGGCCGAGGCAACAAACCCCACCGGGGUAGCCGUGUUGUUCCUUCUAUGGAGGAAGUACUAGCAAGAAAUGCUGCUGCUGCUGCUGCUGCUAGUAGCUCAGCAGACAGUGCAGAUGAAUCAGAGGAGCAUAAGGAGGACCAGGAAGAUGAUGACCAGCAGCAGCAGCAGCAGCAAAAUGGUCGCAGACAACCGUUUGCACAGCUAGCUGAUGAUGUGAGUCUUCCUGUCAAUGCAGCAACAGCAGCAGCAGCAGCAGUAAUAGAGGCAGCAGCAGCAGCAGCAAUAGGAGUAGCAGCAGAAGUAACAGCAACAGAAGUAGAAGCAGCAGUGCAGCAAUACAAAUAG